UUCCUCUGUCCUAUUAAAUCACCAACUCUCUCUCUUUCUCAUUCUCCGAUCCUUCCACAAUUCUCGACUCAGGCUCCGGUGUCUCUCGCUGAGAUCUCGUCGGAGAAACAUGCCGGGAACCUAACUGCCAUUUACCUCAAUUCCUUUAUUUUGCCCGUUCUCUUCCUGCUGUACAUUAUCAACCGUUUAAGCUUUUUUUUUUCAAAACGUUACCCGCUGUCUAGAAGGAGCAUUUUCUGUUGAUUUUGUGGAGUUUUAGCUUGGAAUAGAUCAUGUUGUUUCUGGGUUUUUUCUGGUUUUGAUAAUGUCGGUGAGUUUGCGAAAUAUUUUGUGAUGUUUAUUCUGGGUUUCUUUCUGGUUUUUGAUUAGUAGAUAGUCGUGGAGGAGCUGGAGUAAGGUGACACGAGAUUUCUUUUUUUAUAAUUUCGGGAUUAAGACAAGAAAAAUGUACGAAGUCCAAUCUUUUAAUACAAAGUUUACUGUAGCCGAGGGAGUUGAGCGUUUCGAGGUGUUUCUUGAUUAGGUGAAUUUAAGUUUUGGAGAAACCAACCGCGUCUUGUGUGGAGAUAAAAUUGAUAUCUGGUUGUUAUUAGAAUAAUGAUGGGAGUCAGAAUUUUGCAUUAUCUUUUUCUGUAACUCUGCUUUUGGGUUUAAAAACCCAAGUUGUCAAAUCCUGUUAAAUGUUAGCGUUGGAUCUCUUAACUUAAACUCAAGGUCUGCUACUAGCAUCGAGGAUAGUUAAAAAAGAAAAAAGUUUGCACUAAUAUUUGUUGAAUUGGGUAAAUUUUUGGUAGCCAAGGAAUGGUGUGUUGCAAUGUGUAAAGCAGAGGAGAGUAAUGAGAAGCGCUACUGUAAGAGAUUUUGGGAGAUGAAGAUGAAACUUUUAGGAGAAAGCAAGGUUGAGAACUUAAAGAGUUCUAUGGUUUCGAGGUCUCGAAUGAAGCUUUGGAUGAUUAGAGCUGUAAUGACAAUAUUAAUGUGGAAUUGUGUUGUUCAGUUGAUGGCACUGGGGGAGAUGUGGGGGCCAAGGUUGUUUAAGGGUUGGCCUUCUUGCUUCACUCACUCUGUUUCUCCUUUGGCUGUUGGAUUUUCUUCUGUUCCAACCAAAAUCAUUCUUCCUCCAAAGAGAGUAUAUAAGAAUAAUGGCUAUCUUAUCGUUUCUUGCAAUGGGGGACUGAACCAAAUGCGUGCAGCGAUAUGUGAUAUGGUCACCAUAGCCCGAUAUUUGAAUGUUACUCUUAUAGUUCCAGAAUUGGAUAAAACUUCAUUCUGGAAUGAUCCAAGUGAGUUCCAAGACAUAUUUGAUGUCGAUCAUUUUAUAAGCUCAUUAAGAGAUGAAGUUCGAAUACUUAAAGAGUUACCACCUAGGAUCAAGAGAAGGGUUGAAUUGGGAAUGUUCUAUUCAUUGUCCCCAGUUAGCUGGUCUGACAUUUCUUACUACCACUACCAGAUUCUUCCUCUGGUGCAAAAAUACAAGGUUGUACAGCUAAAUAAAACUGAUGCCCGGCUUGCUAAUAACGGACUACCUCUCGAGAUUCAAAAGCUGCGUUGCAGAGUAAAUUUCAAUGCUCUCAGAUUUACUCCCCAGAUAGAGGAACUUGGCAGGAGGCUGGUUGCAAUUUUGAGGGAAAAAGGCCCUUUCCUGGUCCUCCAUCUAAGAUAUGAGAUGGACAUGUUGGCUUUCUCUGGCUGCACUCAUGGUUGUAAUAGUGAAGAGGAAGAAGACCUGACAAGAAUGAGAUAUGCUUAUCCAUGGUGGAAGGAAAAAGUCAUAAAUUCUGAAAUGAAAAGGAAAGAAGGUCUGUGUCCUUUGACACCAGAAGAAACUGCUUUGUUAUUAACUGCAAUGGGUAUCAACCACAAUGUCCAGAUUUACAUUGCCGCUGGAGGAAUUUAUGGUGGAGAAAGAAGGAUGAGAACUUUGGCAGCAGCUUUUCCUAAUUUGGUCAGAAAAGAGGAACUGCUUGAACCAUCAGAUUUGAAACUUUUCCAGAAUCACUCAUCCCAAAUGGCAGCGCUGGAUUAUCUUGUUUCCUUGGAAAGUGAUAUAUUUGUUCCCACUUUCGAUGGAAACAUGGCUAAAGUUGUUGAAGGCCAUCGGAGAUUCUUAGGAUUCAAAGAGACUAUAUUGCUGGACAGAAGACUAUUGGUUAGAUUAAUAGAUCGAUACCAAAAUGGGUUAUUAAACUGGGAUGAGUUCUCCACUAUGGUGAAGGAAAUUCAUGCUGAUCGGAUGGGAAGGCCUAAGAAACGAGUAGUGAUUCCAGAUAGGCCAAAGGAAGAAGACAAUUUCUAUGCCAAUCCGCAGGAAUGCUUGCAGCCGUUAGAUGAAUCAUUAAGAAGCACAUGAUUCUGUGUCAUGCCAUUGUCAUGAUCUUGAUAGGUAUAUACUCCGUAUCCACACGUAUAUUUAUCAAAGAUAACAGUCAAGUUCUAUUAGAGCUUGGGUUCUAAGAGAAUUGAGAGUCCUGUGCCUGGAUGCUCACUCAUUUAGAGGAAUCUAGGAUGUUAAAUCACUCUUGUAUUUUCAAUAAACAGAGGGUACUUGUAUAGAAUGAAAAAGAAAUAUGCCA